AUGGCAACCCCGUCUGCAGACGCAGACACUGCGUCACGCACCAUAUUAUCACCCUCCUCCACAUCAGCAGCGGCAGCAACGGCACCCGCCGACGAUACCCAGAGACGCCCAGCAGACCCGAUCCAGCUCUCGGCCGCCGACUGCAGCGUCGGCGACGACAGCGGCGCCGUCGCCUCCUCAGUCGCCUUUGGCGUUGCCGCCUCGACCUCUGCCGAGCACAUCCCCUCCUCAUCCUCCUCUCAACACCCUCCGCCGCCUCCGCCUCCGUUUGAGCCGCUCUUUGCCCUCCUCACGAAUGCCACGACCGGCGCCACGGUGCACCCGCGCAUACACUACCUCUUCAGCGAUGAUGACGCCUCCAUACCCACCGACGCCACCGCACAAGACGACGACGAUCAGCAGCACCGCAGCCUCGUCGUCGAUCUUGCGCCGACGCCGGCCUACGAUGCCUGGGCCGUCUCGUGCGCGUCGAGCCUCGGCCCCGAGUUUGCCGUCACGGCGGCCGCGCUGUCCAAGCAGCAGUCCGACGGUGGCAGCAGCAGCGGCGCCCCCAGCGAGCAACCCAGCAGAGGAUCGUCGGGCGGCGGCGCUGCCGCGCUGAUGCUGCAUGUCGAGGGCGUCUCGCGCGACCCUGUCGAUCUGCGCUCCUCGGCCGAGGCCGUCGGCAGCGCCGGCAGCCUGCGCUCGUCGACGGGCAGCGGCAGCGCUGCCCGCGAGGACCUCGAGGCGCUGGCGGACGAUUUCCGAAGACGCAUGGGCAUCCUGAAAAAGGUCGUCGGCGAGGGCGAGAAGCGCCGCGCCGUCGUGGCCCAUCAACACGGUGAUGACGACGCGGGUGUUGCUGCUGCUGCUGCUGCGGAGAGCCACGAGAUUCACGACCCGGGCACGCUCCGCUCCGGAACGGCCAGUCAAUCGCACGAUGCCUCGACCAACACCUGA